CAACUUUAUUUUUAUUUCUUACAAUUUGUAGUCGAGCGUCUUCAAACAACACAAGUAAAUCUGCAAGCAGAAACGAAACAGUGGCUAUUUACUUGGAUCAGUAUGUCUAGUAAGGUCCCCGAGACAUGUGGGGAUCCUUACGACGAAGAUGUGACGGAACUUAACUUUCUUAAGUCAAAACCAACAUGCUUUCUUAUAAUUGGAAAACCAGGAAGUGGCAGAACAACAUUGGCGCGAAAACUGUCACAAUAUUGGAGAUGUGAAUUUAUUCAUGCCACUGACAUUAUAACAAGGGAAGUCGAACUUGCAACUGCUAUUGGGGAAAAAAUGAACCAAGUUUUACUCAACGGAGAAUGUCUGACGAAUGAAUUUGUUUUUGAACUUAUUAGGGAAAAAGUUAUAUCUCCAGAAGUUGCCCAUUAUGGAUAUAUAUUGGAUGGACUGCCCAUAGUUGAUGACAACUUUCUUUCAAUUCAAGAACAAAUUGAUCAAAUACAAAGUUGGAAGUUGAAGCCAGAUAUCGUUAUAAAUAUCAAGAUCCCGGAUGAAGACUUGUUCAUCCGAAGAGAAGGAACAAAAGUUGAUUCUCUCACCGGAGAUUGUUACGGGAGGAAUAUGUGGGAUAUGACUUCCCAACCUCCCAAGAUGCCUAAGGAUGAUCCUGAGGAAGAGGAAGAUGAAGAAGAGAAGGAAGAAGAUGAAGAUCAGGGCAUUAUUCCUGAGUUUAUUGAGAUGGACAAAGACACCAAGGCAAGGUUGGUGAACAUACCUGAGAAUCAAGCAACUGCAAUCGAAGAAACUAAUUCCCUCUUUAAAAAUGUAGCCUUGAUUCCAUUGGAAGAAUACAUGGCCGACCAUGACCAACAAUUUUUGAUCGAACUCGAUGGGAAAAGUUCGGUCCAAAGUUUGUUUCAACAAUUGGUAACAAAGCUGGAUUGUUACAACAUACACAGACCUGCUGUUCCAUCAAGGUUGCAAAACCCGGAUGAGGAAGAAUUGCCGGAUGAAAUUGAAACAGAGGAAUUGCUUCGAACAUUAGCUGCUUAUCAGAACCCUGCACCAAGAUAUCGGUGGCGACGUUCUAAGUGGGGAAGGACGUGUCCUGUUGCUUUGAAAGAAGGGAAUAUACUGCAGGGCAAACCAGACCUUGCUGUAAGCUUCCUAGACAAGAUGUACAUAUUAUCGUCUCCUGAAGCAAUGACCAAGUUUCUAAAGAACCCGCGGCCAUAUUUGCUCCCUCCGAUGCCUGCUGCUCCAUGCAAGAUAUCCGUGUUGGGCGCUCCACUGUCUGGAAAAACUGCUGUGGCUCAGGAUAUUGCUUAUCACUAUAGGGCAUCUGUGUUUGACAUGAAUGAACUAAUGAAAGAUAAAUUUAAAGCAGCAAGAAAGACAAUUGUAGAGAAAGCACGAUCUGAAGCGUUGGAGUCAGCCUUGUUGCUGGUUCAAAACAAACUUGAACAAGAAGCUGUGGAGAGAGCUGAGUUGAGAAGGAAAGAAAAUGAAAGGUUGGCUCAAAGUGGUCAACCUGAGGUGGAUGCUGAGGAUAAACAAGCAGAUGAAUCAUCGGAACCAUCCGAAAGCGCGGCCACAAGUUUGCUUCCAACUGAGGAAAGUUACGACAACCGAGACGCCACGAGCCCCGUGCCAGUUGUCACUCCAGAUCAUGAGGAGGUGAAACUGUUGGUGCAACAAGCAGUAGAAAAGGCUGAGAAACACGUUAUUAAUCUACCUGCUGAAGAAUAUGUGUCUGUGCUUAAAGAUGCUGUCGAUCAAAUGAUAAAAACGAGGCUUGACGAAGAUCCGGAUUCCGCAAAGAACGGAGGUUGGGUGUUGGACAACUUCCCAGAGAACAAGGAACAAUGGGCAGCGAUGGUAGAGGCGGAACUUCUCCCUGAUGAAGUUGUCUUCCUUGUUGAUAAAACUCCAAACAACGAAGUUAUCAGGCAGAGAUAUUACGAUGCCAAUAAAGAUGAAAUAACUCAGCAGUUCCGUACAAGACUUGUAGGAGAGAAGAGACAAUCACUUCAGGAAGAGGAAGAAGAGCAAAGGAGGUUGAAAGAAGAAGCAGAGAGGCCGAAAAUAAGUAAAAUUGUUGAGCGGAUUCCUGAAGAUGAUGAGACUUCUAAACAAGACACAGACUCAAUAGAUAAUGACGUCACAAGUACCACAAGUAACUAUGAUCCAACAAGACUUGCUAAGAUUCAUAAAGAGAUCUCAGAACUUGAAGGAAUGUAUAUCGGUGUUCCAUCAUAUGAUGCACCGGAGUUUCAAACCUUCAGAGAUAUGAUCCAGGACCAUGAUAAAGAGUGGGGGCUUCUACAGAGCGCGAUAACCGGAUCUAACUUCGUCAAACCUUUGAUGGUUGAAAUAAAAGAUAAAACUCCACAAGCUGUGUUGGGCCUUGUCGUGGAAAAAAUUGAAGCGUUGUUCCGAUACCAAGCGUGGGAUUUCUCUGGAGUUGACUUGGAUGAGGAAGAAGAAGAUGCAAGUGCUGAGUUGGAGCAGAUGGGAGAUGAGAUGGAGGAAGGAGAGGAUGAGGAAGCCCUCAGUCAUAAGAAGAAACAUUUCGGAUACGCAAAACAUUAUGACCCUGUGGCUUUGAAAGACGAAUUUGUGUUGUGGCCAGGCAACCCAGACAUUGCAGCAAAAUAUCGUGAAAAGAUUUAUUAUUUUAAAUCAACCGAAUCUCGUGAAAUUUUCGUUGGAAACACGAUAAACUAUUUGCCGAAAGAUGAACCUCUCCAACCUCCACCUCCGAGGAUCUUGAUCUUGGGAGCCAGGGGAUGCGGGAAGACUUCCCAUGGAAGAUGGAUGGCAGAUCAACUCGGAGUCUUCCAUAUUUCCUUUAGGGAGAAGUUACAGGAAAUGAUUUUGGCGAAAACUGGUCGCAAACUUGGACCUGACCAUGAAGAAAGUCGGUUGUUAAGAAAUGAGAUGUCUGUGAGUGUGGAGGAUGCUGUCGCGAAAGCUUUGUCCGAUCAGGAGGAAAAGUCUGAGGAAGAGGAAACAUUUGAUCUGAACGACAUUGAAGAUGCGAUCAAGAACUACUUGGUUGAUGAUGAAGAUCUGUCGCCACAGAUCUUGGAGACAAUAAUUCCAAAGUGGUGGAGAGAGGAACCAUUCAAAUCAACUGGUUUCAUCCUGGAAGGAUUUCCACGAACUGCUGAAGAUUGUCAGUUCCUUGCUCAGUCCGGACUCUACCCUGAUGCAGCCUUGAUGUUGAUGGUGGAGGACAACGACGUGGUGGAUCGAUUGCUCCCGCCUCGACUGGAGCUGUGGAAGAAGAGGAGAGACCUUAGGAAUAUAAAGAAGAAUAAGAUCAAAGAGAAAAAGAUGGAAAUAAAGAAUGAGAAGGUGGAAGCUCGUCGAGCCCAGUUGUUGGCCGAGAGGGAGGAAAGGAAAGCAAGUAAAACAGCUGAUGGGUCAGAUGAUGAAGACGAAGAGGAAGAGGAUGAUAUUGAGGAGACGCUUGCUAUGGAGUUUGAGGAUGAGGAGGAGGGAGAGGAAGAUGAGGAAGAGCACGAAGAUGAUGCAGCAGAUCGGAUGAGAUCGGAGUUUGCUGAAAACUUUGAUGAUGAUAUCAACAAGCUACAGGUUGUACAGGAACAACUUGAAGAAGUCGCCAUUCCAAGACUAGAGGUUCAAGCAAGCAGGAAACCAACCAUAGUUCGAUAUUUCAUUGAGAAAAAGAUUGAAAGCAUGGUUGCUCACAGACGUAGCAUGUUUGAGAGGGUUUAUCCACUCAGUAUUGAAGUAUCCGAUAAAAUGAUUCAUUCGGGAUUUAAACAUCCAAGUUCUUUUGGCAGAUGGGAUCCUGUAAAGCUUAUGGAGUCAAAAGAGGUUCUCCCACCCUUACAAUCUAUGAAGACACCGACCUACCCCCUUGUAUACAACCAAUACAUCUUCUACUUAUCUUCAAUUGAAACAAGACAAAAGUUCAUGGAGAAUCCACUGAAAUAUGUUCUCAACCAACCACCGGCCAAACCUGUGGUGCCCAUACAGAUUGCUAUCAUUGGUCCACCUAAGGCUGGAAAAACAACGUUGGCUCAAAGACUUUCUCAAAAAUAUGGAGCACUUCGUGUUUCGAUUGGAGAUUCUAUCAGGAAUGUGAUUGACAAUCAAAGUGAUUCAGUCCUCGCGAAGAAGAUUCUUUCAUUCCUUCAUGUUGGAAGUAUUGUUCCUGAUGUACUGGCUGUGGAAGCUCUUGCACUUAUGCUGCUCAAUACUACUUGUACAACUAGGGGAUACGUAUUAGAUGGAUAUCCGAACACCGAGGAACAAGUUCAUCUAUUACACAACAGAGGAAUAAUUCCUGUGAAAGUCGUUGAGUUGAAAGUUGAUGAUGUUGAAAUAUUGAAGAGAGCAAACCAAGACAGAAACGAAAGAGAUAAAUCCAUCAGACUUCAUGAUAGUGACAAAAUCACACUUGUGAAGCGUGUUUCAUAUGCGGAUAAUAUUGAAGCUGUAAGGGAGUGGUAUUCAGUGCAACAUCAAAACUUAGUUAUACUGGAUGGGAGAACAUCUAAAUGGAAACUAUGGAAAGAAGUGGUAAAUGAAUCCUUCUUGUCAGUGUUGCAGAUUCAAAACUACAUCGAGAAAAUAUCAGAUGGAAAAGCAGCGAAUCUGUUUGAACUUUGCAUCAGCCCAAAUGAGUUUAGCAAGCGAAUUGGUUGUUACAAAGAAUAUUGUCCUGUUAGUCUUAACUUACGUGAAGAACUUGUUGAUUGUUCCAAUAAUUCCCUUCAGUUUGCGGUGGAAUAUCGAUCGAAAUAUUAUAAAACAGCUACAAAGGAAGACAUGGAGAUUUUCUUAGCCAACCCUGAGAAAUUUGUUCCUCCCCUUGCAAUGAAACUUCUUCCACCACUAAACCUUCUUCCUAAGAAACUUAAACACGAUCAAGUGAGACGAAUGUUCCCAAAGAGAACAGAACUCAAUGGUUAUUGCCCUGUGUCGUAUUUGGAUGGAAAGCUAAGAUAUGAAGCAUUAGUGGAAGGCAACAAUGAACUGGUCGUUGAAUAUCGGGAUAAACUUUACGCAUUUGCAACUGAGAAUAAAUUGGAAAAGUUCAUGAGAACGCCUGAGAAAUAUUGUGAUUUGAAGCUUCCAGAUAAACUACCACCCAAGAAACAACCAAUGGACAUCAUCAACCUUCCAAUGCUUGGAUACCUCGAGCAAAUGGCGGCAACCUCUAUUAUAAAAGCUCUUACAUCUGUGGGAUGUUUCAAACCUAAGUUUCCUUUCCUUACAGUAAAGAAAUCAGCUUUGUUCUAUGUUGCUUGUCAUUUGAAAGCUUAUAACUCCAGAAGCUCCAGUUAUGUCCGUAAGAAAUAUUUGAAGAAAUUGGAGCAGUUUGAAGCCAACUGUGAGCUGAUCACCUACCUGGGCACCAACAUGUCACGGCGUUACACUGAACCUGACCAUCGUCCAACCGACUUUAACGAAAAAAUGGAAAAGUUCCUUAAAUUUCAGAAAAACCCGUUUACUGCAGUUGGAUAAAUUUUGUAUUUUUUUUUGUUUUUGUGUAUUUAUAAUGCUGUGGCAUUCUUCUGUUAAAGCACCUUAAAAGUAUUGGUUGUGCCUUGUUUUGUACAUUAUUGUUCGCAAAUAUGAAAUCUUAUUCUACAGCAUGGGGUAGAUUAAUAAUGAAUAUUAAUAUUCGCAGAUAGUUAUUAUUUUAUUUACUUUCCGGCGCCAUGACAGAGCGGUUGCUUUUGAUGGUAAAUUGCGAAAAUAUCAAGGAUGAAAUACUUUUUACAUUUUUAAACAUUUUGUUAAAUAAAUAAAAUAUCUCGGUUAGGCUAUAAAUAAAAGCUAUCCAAUUUA